AUGCAAUAUAUGAAAUCACUUGCUCAUCCAGAUGAAUUCCUUUCUUUAUUAAAGAUUGGUUACACUGAAUCAUUUAAGCCAAAAUCACAAUUAAAAGAAAAUUUAGGUAAUAAAGAAUGGUGUUACGAAUUAUUAAAUAAAACAUCAAGAAGUUUUGCUUUUGUAAUUAAUGAAUUAGAACCAAGUUUAAAGGAUGCUAUUUGUAUUUUUUAUUUAGUAUUAAGAGGAUUAGAUACAAUUGAAGAUGAUACAACAGUUGAACUUAAUACAAAAUUACCAGUAUUAACAUCAUUUUCAGAAGGAUUAUAUCAACCAGGUUAUAAGGUAUUUGGAUAUGGUAUGAAUAAUGAUGAAAAGAAUUUAGUAGAGAAUUUCGAUAAGGUGGUUGAUGUAUUUUUGGGAUUGGGUGAUGGAUAUUGUACUAUCAUUCAUGAUAUUACACGUCGUAUGGCAAAUGGUAUGUCAGAGUUUCUCCAAAAGUCUGUUGUAACAUUACCAGAAUGGGAUCUCUAUUGUCACUAUGUCGCAGGUCUUGUUGGCAUUGGUCUUAGCAAGAUCUUUCAUGCUAGUGGUUUAGAGAGUGAAUGGUUCGCAACAGCAGAUGAUGAAUCCAACCAAAUGGGUUUAUUCUUACAAAAAACUAAUAUCAUUCGUGACUAUUUGGAAGACAUUAACGAAAAGAGAAUCUUUUGGCCACGUGAUGUUUGGGCUCGUUACACAUUACAUUUGGAGAAUUUCAAAGAGGCCAAAUACCAAAUUCCAGCACUCCACUGUCUCAAUGAUUUAAUCACCAAUGCUCUUUCACAUGCUCUUAUCGCUUUGGACUACAUGAGUCGUUUAAAGAAUCCACAAGUUAUCAAUUUCUGUGCUAUCCCACAAGUUAUGGCCAUUGGUACUUUGAAUGCUUGUUAUAACAAUUACAACGUCUUCACUGGUGUAGUCAAAAUUCGUAAGGGUCAAAGAGCAUUGAUCGUCGAUGCUAUUCAAUCCAAGGGUCUCACUGCUACCUAUGAGCUCUUCUUUAAGUUUGCCAAUGAAAUGCGUCAUAAAGUUCCACCAAAUGAUCCAUCUGCAAAGAAAACCAUUCAACAUCUCGAAUCAAUUGAAAAACUCUGCAUAGAGAAAUUAGGUUAUAGACCUUCUGGUUUCAAUGAUUUCAUCUCUUAUGAUUGGAUGGCUGUUACUUCUUUAGCUGUUUCUUCUGCUUUCUUAAUUGCUCGUCAUGGUCCAAACUUUUUUUCGAAAUUAUAA